GAACAAAUGCAGCGACUGAAGGAGAAGAACAACCAGCUCCGUCAACAGACCGUGUGCAAGAUUUGUAUGGACAAGGAGGUUGCCGUCGUGUUCCUGCCCUGUGGUCAUCUGGUGUCCUGUGCAGAGUGCGCUUCUGGCAUGAAGGACUGUCCCAUCUGCAGGGUCACUGUCAAGGGCAUCGUUAGGGCGUUCAUGAGUUAA